AUGGUUGGAAAUAAGACAUGGUUUGGAGGGCUCUUCAACAGCUCAGGCAAAAGGCGACAAGUCAGUGCAGAGAAGUUAGUGCUUGAUCUGACCCCUCUUCAGGAACAGAGAUUGCAAAAAUUGAAGGAAAGGCUAAAUGUACCUUAUGAUGAAACUCGGCCAGAACAUCAGGAAUCACUUAGGGCUCUUUGGAAUGCCUCCUUUCCUGAUACAGAGCUAAAUAGCUUAGUUUCAGCACAGUGGAAAGAUAUGGGGUGGCAGGGCGUGAACCCAGCGACUGAUUUCAGGGGCUGUGGAUUUAUUUCACUUGAGAACCUUUUGUUUUUCGCAACAACAUAUCCGGCUCCUUUCAAGAGGUUAAUGCUGAAGCAGCAAGGAAUGCGAGCUGUGUGGGAGUACCCCUUUGCGGUUGCCGGUAUAAACAUCUCAUACAUGCUGAUUCAGCUGCUGGAGCUCAACUCAGCGCGGCCGAAAUCUUUGCCGGGGAUUAACUUUAUCAAAGUGAUGACAGAACGCGAGGAUGCAUUCGACGUGCUCUACUGCAUCGCUUUCGAGAUGAUGGAUGCUCAGUGGCUAGCAAUGCGAGCGUCGUAUAUGCAGUUCAAAGAGGUGUUGGAGGCCACAAAGCAGCAGCUUGAGAGGGAGCUCUCCCUGGAGGAUCUCAACAGCAUCCAUGACCUCCCAGCUUACAACCUCUUGUGCAAAUAGUAGGUAGAUUAUGAUCCCAUCCCAUCAAGGGGGGGAAAAUUAAAUUAAAACCACACAUGAUGAUCAGCAUCAGCCUGUAAAAGAGAGGAGAAUGCACCAUCCAACUUGUACUCUCUGUGUCCAUCUCUUGUUGAUGGAAAUACGACACAGUUUUGCCGAGGGGCCUAUACUAUACCAGGGAUACACAUACUAUGUAUAUAAACGGUUGCGCGUG